AGUUAAUUGUGUUAUAAUUUAAAAAUAACUAAACAACAAAAUGAAUUUUCAUGUACCCAACUUUAAUAUGAAAAAUUUAGUCAAGGAAGCUGGCAGUACAUUUUCAAGAGUAGUACAGUUUACCGAAGAACGUUUUGGUACAACCGAACGCACAGAAUAUGAUUCAGAAUUUCAAAAUUUGGCCGAACGUGCCGAUGUCACCAAAACCUGGACAGAGAAAAUUGUCAAGGAUGUUGAGUCUGUGCUGGUGCCAAAUCCUCAAAAUCGUGUAGAAGAUUUUAUUUUUGAGAAAAUUGACAAAUCGAAACCUCAGCGCUUGAGUAAUCUGGAGUAUUUGGCAUUGGAUAUGUUAGAGGCGGGUGCAGAUUUCGGCCAGGACUUGCCCUAUGGCCAGGCCUUAAUUAAGGUGGGCCAGGCCGAGCAGAGACUGGGAAAAUGUGAAAGAGAUUUCAUUGCUUCCUCUAGUAUAUGCUUUACAACGCCGUUGCGUAAAUUUUUGGAUGGCGAAAUGAAGACCAUUACAAAGGAAAGGGGUGUGUUGGAAACAAAACGACUUGAUUUGGAUUCUUGCAAAAAAAGGGUCAGCAAGGCUCGUAGCAUGUUGGGACAACAGACGCAGAAAGAUGGUGUUACACCAGAAGCUGUAUUGGAACAGGCUGAACGUGAUUUACGUGUGGCUCAAUCAGAAUUUGAUCGUCAAGCGGAAAUUACCAAAUCUUUGCUAGAGGGCAUUAACACUUCACAGGCCUCACAUUUAAGGCAUUUGCAUGCCUUUAUUGAAAAUCAAGUACGUUAUUAUAAACAUUGUACCGAUGUUAUGGAUCAAUUACAAUUGGAUUUGGCCAAUUUGGGAGGCCCUACACCUUAUCAGCCCAUUGAAAUGGAUCAACAUCAGGCAGCCGGAGGAAUUGAACAAGGAGGAAAUCCUUUUGCCAGAGCCUCAAAUAAAACGAAAAUUAAUGCAGCACCCAUUAGUGUGAAUGCGGAUCAAAUGCAAAGGGCGCGCGUUUUGUGUGCCUACGAUGCCAAAGAUCAUACGGAAUUGACAUUAAGCGCAAAUGAGGUUAUUUUGGUGGCCGAGUGUUCACCCAUAAAUACCGAUUACAUGUAUGGCAAGCAGGGUUUGUUGAAGGGUUUGGUGCCACGAGCUUUUCUGGAAAUAUUGGAUGACGACGACGAGGAGCCAGCAGCAGGUGGUGCAGGUGACGAUGAGCAGGCUAUUAGCGGUGACAGUGAUUACUAAAAUGGCAUG